CGAGGCGGAAGUAGAACCAACAACAAGCGCGCGCGCUCCGGAAGUAUUUAGAAAAGUUUACGGCUCGAUGCUUUUGCUUGGAUUUGAGUGACUUUAGUUGCUGGCGUCGUCGUUGCCGCCAUGUUUCUGACGGUGGUCAAUUCCAAGAAAACCAAAUCAAAGUAUAUACUUGUGAGAAUGCUCAGUGAAGCAGGAACGGGCUGUUCUUUUAAUGUAAAAAGACUCCGGCUUCAAGACAAGCUGGUAAUGCUAAGCUAUGAUCGCUUUGUCAAACAGAAAGUCCUCUUCAAAGAGCAAAAAAAGAUCUGUUCUGUGUAACUCAUGCUUGGCUAAGAAGAUUUGCAAAGAUGUAUACAAGGAAAUACGAAGUUAGCAAUGCUGAAAAGAGAAAAUGAACUGACAUGGUCAAAGUCAAUUGUAAAUAAUAUCAUUGAAGGAUAUUUAGAAGAUGGAUCGUCAUCAAAAACUUUGUUUUCACAAUUGUGAAUUAAAACUCUGAAUCCACUGUG